CGGACCAAUGGGACGUCGGACCAUUGGGACGUCAGACCAAUGGGACAUCAGACUAUAGAGAUGUAACCAUGAGUACUAUAGAGAUGAACAAUGAGUAUUUCUAGACUAGCGAGCCAUCAUGGACCCAGAUGAGCCUAGUGACGAUCAGGACGUGAAUGUAGAGGCCACAGCACCGCUCAUACAACAUGAAAUCUUGCCUGACAAACAGGAUGUCGUCCCUGUGCCUAAAGUUCCUGGUUGCAUAUCAGCACGCUACGCUCUCGCUCUCUUCAGCUUGCUGGGUUUCGUCAACGUGUACGCCAUGCGGGUCAAUCUAAGCGUAGCCCUGGUUGCCAUGGUGAAUCACACGGAGACCAAUCACAGCGUCACUGCCUGCCCUGCCCCAAACGCCACCGCAAUUCCAAAGCAAGGAGAAUUUAAUUGGGAUCAGUACACCCAGGGUCAGAUUCUGGCGUCGUUCUUCUACGGCUACAUCUUCACGCAGCUUCCCGGAGGCUGGUUGGCGGAUCGUUACGGAGCUAAGAAGCUCUUUGGUCUGGGUGUGUUAUGCACGGCAGUCUUGACGCUCGUCACGCCGUUUGCUGCCAGGGCGGGGUACCAGUGGCUGAUUGCGCUCAGGGUACUGGAGGGUCUAGGAGAGGGCGUGACCUUUCCAGCAAUGCACGCCAUGUGGGGUCACUGGGCUCCGCCCCUAGAACGGAGUAGACUGAUCACUCUGUCAUAUUCUGGCGCUAACUUGGGCACAGUCAUCUCGCUACCCAUAUCAGGUUUACUAUGUGGCUCAGAUUUCCUGGGCGGUUGGCCGUCAGUCUUCUAUAUCUUUGGUUCUGUGGGAGUGGUUUGGUUCGUAAUGUGGAUGAUAUUUGUACAUGACAAGCCUUCUAAGCAUCCACGGAUAUCGGAGAAAGAAAGGGUCUACAUAGAGACAUCAAUCGGACAUAAACAGAAGAAUUCGUCCGUGCCGUGGGCAAAUAUACUAUCCUCUCCCCGUGUGUGGGCCAUCGUCGUUGCUCAUUUCUGCAACAAUUGGGGAUUCUACACGCUACUGACCAACCUGCCGACGUACCUGAAGGUUGUUCUUGGGUUUGAUUUAUCGCAGAGUGGGUUUCUGGCUGCCGUACCCUACCUUGUAUUUUGGUGCAUCGCAAUCACUGGGGGCCAAAUUGCUGACUUUCUGCGAAUGAGUGGGACAUUAACUACAACCACCACAAGGAAGGUGUUCACAUCUACAGGUUUCAUCUUGCCAGCAGCGUUCCUUGUCACCACAGGCUACGUCGGCUGCGAUCACACCCUAGCGAUAGUGUUCCUGACUCUCUCCGUAGGCUGCUGUGGAAUCGCUGUGUCAGGCUUCAACGUCAACCAUUUAGACCUGGCACCCGACUAUGCCGGUUUGCUGAUGGGCAUCACUAACAUGGUAGGGACGGUGCCGGGAUUCCUGGGACCUCUACUUGUAGGAGAGGUGACUGAGAAUCAGGAAACCUUUGAACGCUGGCGCAUCAUAUUCUGGACGGCGUUUGGGAUCUACAUAUUUGGAAUGUUGACAUACGUCAUAUUCGGAUCGGGAGAGAAGCAGCCUUGGGCAAUGGACAGCACCAAGCAGCUGGAUCCGAUAGCCCCAGUCGAUGACAGCACUCGCAAACAAACAGACAAACCACCUAUACUAGCUAUCAACAACUCUUAAAGGUAGCUUUCUGACUUCAAUUUAGGUCAGGUCACCAAGUAUAAUAAGGUCAGACACUGAGACUUUCAGUCCAGCUCCAAUUGGCAAGACUGAUCUUGUAGUAGGCAUUGAAGUGUUUGCUUGAAGGUGCACAAAACAUUUACAAAUACAAUAAGGGAAUAAAUAUGUGCUUGGCCGGUUUUAAACACUCUGUUUAUGACC